UGAAAACGGUCUUAGUGGCGGCGCGCCGCUGACUGAUGCACGGUUGUGUUACGUUUUAUGGUGUGGAAAUGUAAAACAUUCGCGUUGAGAAGGAGAAAAUCGAGAGUGACUAGCGUGUAUCGUUAGUCAAGGAAGAGAGAGCCGAACGGAUCGCACGAAUUCGUCGAAGGUUUCUGUCAAGAUAAACGGGAAACAAGAUGACACUCGUGGUUUGAGGGAAGAUCUCGAUCUCGUGCGUAUUGCCUGCCAGUCCUCGACAUGGCGGGUUUUCGAGACGAGGAUAAGGCUCUAUUUCCUAUUCAGAGCAUCUCCUCGAUCGUGCGGAUUUUCCAGAAUCAAUUGGAAAACAGCUCGGAACCGGACUUGGCUUUGCUCUCGAUCCUAGUCGGCGCAGUGGAAAACUCCCUAACCUGCAAUCGGACAUUUGCGUCGCAGGAAAGCACUGUUUACGAUGAGCCGAAACUGCCGGCUGUCGAGUUUCACAUCGCCGAAGCCCUGUACACUAAAUUUCACGCUGUGAUCAAGGGUGCGGUCGAUCUCACGGUUUACGACACCAAAUACGCGACCAGGGAACUGGUCAAAAAGGUCUCCGACGUGAUAUGGAAUUCUUUGACGAGAAGCUACUAUAAGGAUCGCGCGCAUUUACAAAGCCUCUAUAGCUACCUGACGGCAAAUAAAUUAGAUUGUUUUGGGGUGGCAUUUGCCGUGGUUGCCGGUUGUCAGGUAUUGGGAUUCAAGGAUGUACACCUAGCCAUGUCAGAAGAUCAUGCCUGGGUGGUCUACGGAGAGGAUAGUACAGAAACUGCUGAAGUUACAUGGCAUGGAAAAGGAAACGAAGAUAAACGUGGUCAACCGGUGGAACCUGGAGUGGCUUCGCGAUCCUGGUUAUACGUGAACGGACAAGCGGUUGUAUGCAAUAGAGCUAUGGAAGUUGCCACCAUAGUGUCUGCUAUAAACCCUAGUUUAAGCGCAACCGCGGAUGCGGCAGAGGUGGCAUUGCUUCAGCAAGAAUUAUUAUGGUUGUUAUAUGAUUUGGGCCAUCUAGCAAAGUAUCCCAUGGCUCUUGGCAAUUUGGGAGAUUUGGAGGAGGCUGCGCCUACUCCUGGCAGACCGCCGGCCAUAGAGCUCUUUCAGGAAGCGAUACGGUCCGCCAGGAAAUAUUACGGAAACGCUCACGUGUAUCCUUACACUUACCAAGGUGGUUAUUUGUACAGGCACGGAUUGCACGCGAACGCAUUGGCGUCGUGGGCAGACGCAGCGGACGUUUUAAGAAAAUACGACUAUUCGCGGGACGAUGGAGAGAUAUACAAAGAAUUGUUGGAAAUAGCCAACGAACUGAUACCGCACACGGUGCGGGCGGACGAGCGUUUGUUACGGCAACCCCGUUGCUUCGCGUAUUUAUUAAGGUUCUACGACGGUAUCUGCCAAUGGGAGGAAGGAGCAAACACACCGGUGUUACACAUAGGAUGGGCACGACCGUUGGUGAAUACAAUUUCAAAGUUCGACGCCAGUAUUCGCGCUCAGGUAAUUAUCGAAUGUUACGACGUGGAAACGAAACAGGAAGAGGACAAGUCGCAGAAGAGGGAGACCAGCCCGGAGGAAACGUUGAACAACAAUAACAACAAUAAUUAUUGUAAGACGAAAGAAAGGGGCAACGCGGCACGCGAUUUGAUCAAAAGUUUAGAGUCAAAAGUACCUUCUAAUCCGGCACCGAUGCAUCCCAGCAUCCAAGCCUUGACGGCUGCGUGCAGCGAGAAAAUACUUAACAGAGAUUACCUCUUGCAAGGCGGCGGAGAACCGUUCGUCGCCCCGCCGGACGACGCUUUGCCUCCCGCGCCUUCCACGUCUCAGGAAAACCUUGAUCCCGAGGUGGAGACCGAUUCCGAGCAGGAAAGGCCGAGGAUAACGUUGUACAGUCAAAAGAUGAAGGGUCUGAAAGACCUGUUGCUGGCGGAGAAACUAAAUACCCACGCGAUUUCGUUGCAGCUUACCGCGCAGAGUCAGGUACAAAUCGGUAAAAAGUCGCGUGGUACCGACGACGUUGGAGUCAGUCAGCGUCCGAAGAGGACGCGUCGUGAAUAGUAUCAAAUUGUUGACCGACGUUUCGGUAUUGUAAGGUAUUGAAAACUUAGCGCCACCGGAUUCGUUCCUACGGGAAAAGAAAAUGAUCGGUGGCGCGAAAUAUGGGGGGGGGGGGGAAAGAAAAUCCUAUGGAAGUUUUCCAUGUAUCGUUGGAAUCUCAGUCUUCGCUCACGGUUUCUUUCUGUUCGAGUGGAAUUUUGCGACCGAUGCUUCCCGUCCCGUACACUUCGAAUUCGGGAAGCGGACGAUGGUGAUGAAUUUUGUGCCGUUUCGUUGAAACCCUGUCUUAGCGUGUUCGCUACUCUUUUAGCAACGAUUCGAAUGCUCGACUAUCGCGCGAAUCGUUGCAGAGUACGUUCCCCGCGAUCUUAGAUGUAAGUAAAGUAGAUGCGAAAAGGAAAAGUUUGUAGAAGAGUACAAAACAGUUUUCUCGAUUUUAAGUUAAAAUAUCGAAAUCGUGAGUGCUUGCGUUUCGUAUAUUCGCGAUGAAAAUGUACUAUUUCCGCGUAAACGUCUUUUUCUCUUCCACAGUCUGUAGUGCUGUGAAUUAUUAAUACGGGGAUGGGAAUGGGUCGAAGGUGGGAGGGUGGAAUGAAAAAGCAUAAAGACGAAUCGAACAAUGUACCUAAUUGAAUGUUCGUACGAAGGGGAAGGCGGAGGCCAGCUUUUUAAGAGCACAGUUAUUUAUUCAACGAGUAUCGAUAUCGAUAUCGUGUUUUAUCCUAUUUCUAAUUUCUUGUUGCACUCUUAUUUAUUGACUCACGUUUUUGUUCUUUUUCUUUUUUUUUUUUUUAACGAGCACUACGGAUGAUAAUUAUAUUGAUCGAGUUGUGUCGUUAAUGUUUUUUUUUUUUACAUGAUAGUUGAAUGUUUUAUUAGAAUGACGCUUUUACGAUCUAGUAAGAGAGACCACACAUUCCACUCCGAACGUGGUGCAAACUAAACAUUAAGUUUUUACCUAAGGUAUUUUAAGCAUAAAAUGCUCGCUUAUUUUUAUAACUAUUUAUUUUCAGAGUAAUUAUAAGUAUGUAUUUGUAGAAACCUAUACUUUUGCUACUUUGUAAGUAGAGCAGAUCGAACGUAGACGGUCCACCGAUACCGUAUGAUUUGAAAGCUCGUUGAAUUCGAAGAGCGAACAAAAUAAUGAAACGAAGGUUUAUCUAAUCGAUUUUCACUUACAUGAAAAAAUACUAACUAGGCUUCCGAUCGAUAAAGUAUUAAUUAAAGAAACGUGUAAUAAACGUUUCCAUUAUUUUGUUCGAUUCUUGUACGUACCGUUACGUACAAAGUUCCUCGAGGUUUAGCAAGGGUGUAACGUACAAAAAAGUAGUUUCUUCCUUUCGAGAUAACGUGCAAGGUAACGAGGUGUAUCGGGGACUGUCGUUAAUCGUUUUCCGUUUUCAAGCUUUACGACUUCGUUUUCUUUCUCUAUUCUCUUUUAAUUUGAUUGUCGAUUUAAUCGUCUCACCUUAUUUUAUUUUUUCUUUUUUCAUUUGUCCGGUGUCAGUAUUUGACCAGCUCGUUUGAUACACAGUCCUGUUGUACGCGGACGAUUUUAUUUCACUUUCUGACAAGUUGCUAGUUCGACGUAUCAGUUCUACGAACACGAUACCGAUCAUGUACGUAACAAUUGCAUCGACGUCGAUGCCAGAUGAAAAUUAUUCGACAAUGUUUAGACGGGUUGUUGUAGAAGAAUGUUUGUUAACGGGAAUGAAUAUAAAUGGUCCGAACUGAUCGACGAUCACUUAAUAAUGAAGGGCGCUAUCUUACUGUGAUGCUGAAUAUAUGAUAUAUUAUAUAUAUAUAUACACAAUUAUAUGAUGAAUAAUCGUAGUGAAUAAUGGCUUGGAGCGUCAAUGUGAUUUCUCUCGAGUGAAGGGAUGAAAUCUUUUGUUCGCCAUGCUGAAUUGUAAUUAAUUGAACGAGUACAGAAAGAAGAAAAAAGAAAUAUAGAAUAUCGGGAGAGAGAGAAAGAAAAGAUAAAGUAAUUAGUCCGUCAGUCCGUGUCGUUCGCAUAUCAUGAACUGAUUUGAUCUAGGAAAAAGAAAAAAGAUUUUUCCGAAGAUUCUUCUUUCUUGGAUACGUGUGGCACGUUACGGCAUUAUAUCGCGAUUGUAUCGAACAUUGUAUCGUCGUCGCGUUUCCCUUCGCAAUUCAUCGAAAGUUACGAGACAAAUCGGAAACGGAGGAGGGUAACGUGCGCGUUUACGAGUAUACGUGGCCCUCGCACGAUCAUCUACACGUACGAGAGGCUGACUUUUUACCGAUUGCUAUCCGAAUCUAUUAAUUUCCAAACAGGAAACACAGUUUUCUGCUUAUUCGUUUUUUCCCCCCUCUCUAACUACCGUCUCGAUGUACGCUAGAAUUCCGCCGAAAUUCUAAAUUAAUGUAGGUAUCAUUUUUUUUACAUGAGAACGGAUUAAUUAUUUUAUGGGAAAGGGUGAUUUGGUAUAAGUAUCUGGAGUAUCUCAACUUUUCGAAUCGUCUCGUUCCAUAUAAACGGAGGGCUAUCGUACAUCGAGAUCGUCGUCGAGAUCGUUUGAUUUCGUAUGUUCUUGCUGUGUUUGCGAAAAAGAGUCCUCUUACCGUGAUUUUUUGUUUUUUUUUUUCUUUUUUAUAUAUGUAUAUAUAUAUACUUAUAUGCCGUAUUCAGUAUUUUUCGUUUCCUCCCUUUGUUUCCCUUGACAGCGAUAAAGGAGCGUUUUUAAAAGACUACAGGGAUUAUUAUGCGUAAAAUAAUAGGAAUAGUAGGAAAAGAAAAAAAUGGUGCAACAGAACAGUAUUUUUGUAUUAGCUACGACGCAGAGGCGUGUACUACUCUCCGAUAUAUUAUUAUUCGUAAUAUUCGAGCGUUUAGGGAUCAAAGUUUGGACGAUAUCCAAUUCGAGAUCAAUUUAUCGAAGGAGAAGCGUCGUUGGUAGAAUCGAGAUUAAUUCUCGAUGACGAGCACGAAUUUUCGAAAGGUGUGCAGAAAAAUAAGAGAAUUGGCAAAGUGAUUAAGCGCGAAAAAGGUGAAAGGUGAAAAAUGUAUACCGGCGGUGAACGAUAUUUUUCAUCGAUCCUCUCGUCCUAGUUCGACUCGGUUAAACGCACGGUUGAUUUUCGAUUCCCGUUUGGAGAAAUCGAUGAAAUUUCUUGUACAUAAUUACAGAACCUCCGCUGCCCCUGUCCGUUUUGUCCCACGCGUCUCGAAACUUUUGUGCCUCGGUCUCCGAUCGCGAAUCAUCGAACGAUACCGUUUUUCUUCUCGUCGUUGCACGGCUUCCUCGUGAAACAAGAGAUUUCUUGAAAAAUAAGUCGUUUCGAAACGAAGAGAAGAGAAACGUAAGCUUUGUUCGCGUAAACCGGUAAAGCGAUACCUUCGCCUUUCGUGCCAUAAUGUCGAGGACGCCUCGUCGCUUUACUAUUUCACCGUGUCCUGACGCUGAUUUUUCUCGCAGUACGCACCGCUUCGACGGAAACGCGCUACGCGUAACUUCUCUGGUGCUCAUGUUUCUGCUCGUGCUGUUUCUCUCCGAGCGAGUUUCCAUCCGAACGUUGAAACAGUUUAAUAAUAUACCAUGUCCCGAUUUAGAGUUAAAGGGUUAAAUUUGCUCGUUUAAAAAAAAAAAGAUAAAAUAAGGGGAAGAUGGAAAAACGUGGAAAAGAGUCGGUCGUUGUAAAGCCUCUUGACCGUUUCUCGUUGUCGACGACACACUCAAUAGAAUUUUUCCGAAGAAGAUCCUCUUCGCGCACAGGGCAUACAUGUAUAUUUCGUUAGACGCGCAACGAGAAUAAUAAUUACAUUUCCCACGCAUACCUUCUCGAUGUACUUAAAAAGCAAACGAAAACUGGUAAAAAAUCUUGAUGAUACGCGUCGCGGACAACGAGCUAUGUUUUGCUCUCGUGUCUCAUUAGUUUGCUUAUUAACUCUCGGACGAACAGUUGAGCAUUUUCUUUAAUCUUUUCCACAUUCGCGAGAAAAGUAUUGUAAAAGUCAAGUAACCGAUAUUGAUAUCGAAACCGACUCCGUACGUUCGAGGGUUAAAGAUUCGAACGCGUUCCCGAACCGAAGGAUUUACUGUUCAUUGGCCACGGACCACGUCGAACCAGGCUACGAUCGUUGCAACCUUACGCGGUGGUAGAGUAUUAUGUGAGAGCGGUCUUAGGUUUUCUCCGUUGACACGGGUAUUCCGAUUAUGCGUAUAUAACAUAUGCAUAUGAAUAUAUAUACACACUUAUAGAUAUAUAUAUAUAUACACGAAGACAAAAAUCUGUUACUACAUUACUAUUUAAAGAGAAAAUUAUCGUAAAAAAAUUUUACCGUAGAUUACAUGGUGGAAUAAAUACUCCGGUAUUGCUCACACACGAAUGCGGCUUUCCGUUGGUCUCGAACAGGAAAGAGUGGUAACCACGGCUAAACACUAUUGUUAAUCGAUGCAGAACAGUGAGUUUUCAGGCGUCAUGAGAAUGUCUUGUUUUUUUUCCUGUGAAUUAUAAUAAACUAUUUUAUUCUAA